GAUAUUUUAUUAUUAGGUACCUACUUUCACAGAGAAAAACACCAUGAUAUCAAUUAUAUCCAAAGCAAAUAAUAUCUAAUAAUCAUGUCGGAUGUGUUCCACAAGAUCUGCUACACAUCCCGUAGCUCCGGAUACAAAUACCGCACCCUGUCCACGAAUACCGGCAAACGCAGGCGACGGGACACCAAGGACGAAAGCACCUUCGACAGAAAAUUCAGGGAACUCAAAAAUGAAAUCGUCACUCGAAUAGACGACGAGCUUGAUCUCACACAGGAAGCUCGAGAUCACAUCGACGCAAAAUUCGAAAAAGUACAGGGAAAAAUCGAAUCUAUGCUGGAAUUACAGGAGGUCAUGGUUGGCUUGAAGAAUGAUUUACGUGUUGCUGAGAAUAAUCUCGCAAAUUUGAUCCUAAGAGUUGAUAAAUUAGAUGCAGCGACUGGCGGCGAAGAAUACAGCCUGCAUUCCCGGAGAAGCUUCUUCCAGCCUAAAACGCCGAUGAUGGAAAUCAUAGAAACGAAUGAUUCUAUAACUACUCAUAUUUGAAUAUUUUGAAGUUUUCUUUUGAAAAUAAAAAACAAUAAUUUUUA